ACUUCCUGGCCAGCCCCGGAAGCCAACGGGCGUUGGGGAGGGGUGGGGGGGAUAGCGGCAGGAGCAGCCCCAGCCCUCGGAGGGACAGCAGGAAGGGAGGGAAGGAGGGUGCUGGGGGGACAACCCCCCACCAUUCCUACCGCUAUGGGCCCAACCUCCCACUCCCACCUCCCCUCCAUCGGCCGGGGCUAGGACACCCCCAAAUCCUGUCGCCCCCUUGGCACCGACACCCCGACAGAGACAGAGACACAGCCAUCCGCCACCACCGCUGCCGCAUCCUGGCUGGGGAGGGGGCCAGCUCCCCAGGCCCCCCACCCCAUUGAGGUGGCCAGAAUGGAGCUGUGGCCAGGGGUGUGGACGCUGCUGCUGCUGCUCUUUCUGCUGCUGCUCUUCUUGCUGCCCACCCUGUGGUUCUGCAGCCCCAGUGCCAAGUACUUCUUCAAGAUGGCCUUCUACAAUGGCUGGAUCCUCUUCCUGGCUGUGCUCGCCAUUCCUGUGUGUGCCGUGCGAGGACGCAAUGUCGAGAACAUGAAGAUCUUGCGUCUAAUGCUGCUCCACAUCAAAUACCUGUAUGGGAUCCGAGUGGAGGUGCGAGGGGCUCACCACUUCCCUCCCUCACAGCCCUAUGUUGUUGUCUCCAACCACCAGAGCUCCCUCGACCUGCUUGGGAUGAUGGAGGUACUGCCAGGCCGCUGUGUGCCCAUUGCCAAGCGUGAGCUACUGUGGGCCGGCUCUGCUGGGCUGGCCUGCUGGCUGGCAGGAGUCAUCUUCAUCGACCGGAAGCGCACGGGGGAUGCCAUCAGUGUCAUGUCUGAGGUCGCCCAGACCCUGCUCACCCAGGACGUGAGGGUCUGGGUUUUUCCCGAGGGAACAAGAAACCAUAAUGGCUCCAUGCUGCCCUUCAAACGUGGUGCCUUCCAUCUUGCAGUGCAGGCCCAGGUUCCCAUUGUCCCCAUAGUCAUGUCCUCCUAUCGAGACUUCUAUUGCAAGAAGGAACGCCGCUUCACCUCGGGGCGAUGUCAGGUGCGGGUGCUGCCCCCAGUGCCCACAGAAGGGCUGACACCAGACGACGUCCCAGCUCUGGCUGACAGAGUCCGGCACUCCAUGCUCACCGUUUUCCGGGAAAUCUCCACUGAUGGCCGGGGUGGUGGUGACUAUCUGAAGAAGCCUGGGGGAGUGGGUGAAGCCCGGCUCUGAGCUCACCUCCCAUCUAUCCCCAUCUUCCUUCCCACACCUACCGACCCAGUGGGCCCUGAGCAGGGCCAAGCCCUCUUCCUCAGUUCCCUUCUCCCCACUUAAUUCUCCUCUUUGGAAUCUUCAACUUCUGAAGUGAACGUGGAUACAGCGCCACUCCCUGCCCCUUCCCGGCCCCACCCGUGGACUCUCGUGCCUCAGUGCAGUCUCCACUCUGACCCCCACCUCCUGCCACCUUGUUUGUGGGACAGUUGCCUCCCCCACAUCUCGAGUGAGUGGCUCAGCCUACACAAGGGUGGGGAACAUUCCAUCCCAUCCCCAGUAGACUCUCUUCCUUUGUGGUCUCUCCCUGUCUACCCAACAUUGGCCAGUGGUCUCAUCCAUUCUGUGGAACAAUUCUCCCCCCACCCCAAGUCCAUGGAUUCAGUGGACUCAUCUGUCUGUGAGGAGGACUUCUCACCCUGUGGCUGGAAGCUGAUACCUGGAACACCCCUCCCAGGCUCGGCCUGGGAACUUUCCUCAGCGCCUUCACCUUCCCUUCCGGUGGAGCCUCCUGUCAGUGGGGGCUGGACUCUUCUAACUCAGAGAUCCCUGCUCUUGCCCAGAUGCACAGGGUCGUGUAUACUCCUGGAUGCCAGUUCGGUCUCCACAUUUCUGCUUCUCCCUGUCCCCGUGGUACAGUUCUUCAGUGGUCUUGGCCCUACCCAGCUCCCGGCAGCCCCGCUGUACCAUCUAACCAGACACAAGGGGAAGAGGCAGACAUCAGGUGCUGCACUCAACUUCUGCUCCCCGGGGAGCUGGGGAAAAGAACUGAACCCUGGCUGGAGGGGAUAAGAGGGCUUUUAAUUUAUUUCUCUUUCUGUUUGAGGCUUCCCCCUCUCUGAGCCAGUUUUCAUUUCUUCCCAGUGGCAUUAGCCACUCCCUGCCUCUCACUCCAGACCUGUUCCCACAACCAGGGAGGUAGACUGGGAGCAAAAGGAGAAGGUGGGACCGAGUUUUGCGUGGUUGAUUUUUAUUAAUUACCUGGAUAAAAGCAAGAAACUGAAAAUAAAGAGAGAAAGA